AAUAUUCGGAUAUUUCCGACGUUUGCUCAAUUAAUGGGUUUUAUUCGGCCUUUAAUGUUCGAACGUCUCAGGGACCUGAAAGAUUGUCAAUGGUACUUCCAAACAUCAAAAAAAAGCAUAAAAUCAAGCUCGGAUCUUUGUUCAAGGGCACAUUUUUUUCCAAGGGCGGUGGUAGCACAGAAAAGUUUGAUACCGAAAAUAAGGCUACUUAUGAGCUAUCCAGAUUUGUGCACCCAAUUGAGGCAUUGUGCAAGGCACGAGAUGUUCUCGUUGAAUCUGCUCUGAUGGAAGAGACCAGUCAAAGUCUCGUCACCACGCCCGGUGCUGCAAACAUGGCAUCCGGAAAAAAUGUAUAUGCGACAUCUAACUCUGUUCGGCACAGACAAGAGUGGAAAAACGCUGCCAUAGCUGUUGAUUCAUCAAUAGAAGCGGGACAGGCUGCAUUUGAGCCAAAGGCCUUAAUAUUUAUUGUUGGCGGGAUGACCAGCUCCGAGGUCAGGGUUUCUUUUGAAAGAAGCAAAGGCCAUAUUUUACUUGGAUCCGAUUUCUUUAUCACGCCAACAGACUUUUUGGCAUCUUUGGCAGAAAGUGGCAAGCUAUGCAAGGGAUAA